AUGGUCGGCUUCGGAGCCGCGCUGACUGAUUCCUCUUCGAAAUUGUUGAGCGAAUUAAAGUCAAAGAAUGCGGGCAAUUAUUGGGCUCUCCUCAAGAAGCUCUGUGACCCCACGGACGGUGGAAGCGGCGCGGGUUUCUCCUACCUGCGCAUUCCUCUCGGUGCAUCAUAUUUUUCAGACUCUGUGUACAGCUUCGAUGAUGUCAGCGGAGACACAUCCCUCUCGCACUUCGACAUUGACAAGGCCCCAUCGUAUCUUUUCAGCACCCUCAAUGACAUCGUCGGUAUCAACAGCUAUCUCAAGAUCCAGAUCACGCCUUGGUCGCCACCGGGGUGGAUGAAGGAUAGCGGAACCAUGAACGGCGGAAAGUUCUAUACCUCGUACUCCGACGUUUACACCAACUAUCUCCUCAAGUGCCUGCAAGGCUACAAGAGCAAGGGUUUCGACAUCUGGGCGAUUAGUAUCCAGAACGAGCCGCUCAACAGCAAUCCCUCGUACCCGACGAACCUCAUCGAUCCGUUUUGGGAGAGCCAGGUGGCCACCAAAUUACGCUCCCUCAUGAACUCGAACGGCUUUUCUGGUGCGGAUGUAAUCGGGUUUGACCAUAACUGGAGUGAUGCGGAUGGGUAUCCUGUGGAACUUAUGGAGGAUGCGGAAUCUGCGUUUGACGGAGUAUCGUUCCACUGUUAUGCAGGCUCAGUCAGCGACCAGGAUACAUUCCACAAUGCGUAUCCGUCGAAGAACUGGAGCGACGUCAAGUGGUAUUCGAACAACAUCUUCAUCGGGGCUGUGAACCACUACGCACGCAAUGCAGCUGUGUGGAAUCUUGCGCUCGAUGGGAACAGAAAUCCAAAGCUUCCCGGAACCACGAGCUGUGGCGGCUCAGACCCAUGCCGCGGCGUUGUCACUAUCUUCAGCGACGGCACAUAUGGGCUGAACCAGGAGUUCUACGCCAUUGCACAGGCAUCUAAGGCGAUCUUGCCCAAAGAUAAAGGCGGCCCCCUCGGCAGGCACAUUAAGGUAGACGUUGGCGGCAACCAAAACCUCGUCGUGUCCUUUUUCGUGACAGAGCGCACGUCCUCGUCGGACUGGAACCGCUACAGUCUUGUUGUGCUGAACCAGCGAAACGAUGGUAAAUGGGAUCCUGUGGGCAUCAAGGCGACAAUUGAAUUCAGGGGCAAGCAGGCAACAUAUACCUUCCCUGUGGGUGUCACUACCGUCUGGUGGUACGCAGCGCCACAAUAA